CCCGCUCCCAGGAGCAUGAAGGGGUUAUCGGCCAGCCGCGGCGCCCCAGCGCUGUGUUCCGGCCACACCUGCGGCCUUCCACCGCCUGCAGACUGCGACCUAGGCCAUGGGCACCUGCACCACACACCCGAGGUGCGGCCGCCCUACCUGCUGAGCCCCACGGACCGCUGCUCGCCACGCAGCUCUGUGCAUUCAGAGUGUGUGGCAAUGCCCGUGGCGCUGGGUGAGCCAGUGUCGAGUAGCACCUUCCCCAGGAUGCACUACAGCUCGCACCACGAUGCCAGAGAAGCCUGCACCGUGACCCACGCGGGCGCCAAGGCCCACCGCCUGCCAGCCACUCUGCUGGACCAGUUCGAAAAGCAGCUGCCUCUGCCGCGCGACGGCUUCCACACGCUGCAGUACCAGCGCGCACCAGCCGCCGAGCCACGCAGCGAGAGCCCGGGCCGCAUCCGGCACCUGGUGCACUCGGUGCAAAAGCUCUUCACCAAGUCACACUCCCUGGAGGGUACCGCCAAGGCCGGUAUCCACAGCGCCAGGGCAGACGGCCGGGCGGACGAGCGGCCCCACGGCGCUCACGCACGGCAUGGCCGACGCAGCAAGAGCAAGGAGCGCAAACCAGAGGCCAAGCCGCGAGCCGGGCUUAGCAGCUGGUGGAGCUCAGACGACAACCUGGACAGCGAUGGCACCUGCCGCACCACCGCCGCUGCACGCCUGGCAGCCUGCUACCCUGAGCCGUUGCGGGCCGGCCCCUUCGGCGACCUCUCCCUCAAGACCUCCAAGAGCAACAGCGAUGUCAAGUGCUCAGCCUGCGAGGGCUUCGCCACCCCUGAGACUCGCUACAUGAAGCGCAGCUCCUGGUCCACGCUCACUGUCAGCCAGGCCAAGGAGGCCUACCGCAAGAGCUCCCUGAACCUGGACCAGCCUCUCACCCACCCGGAACUCAAGCCUGCCCUGCGGCCAUGCCACUACCUCCAGGUGCCUCAGGACGAGUGGGGCGGGUAUCCUGUGGGCGGCAAGCAGGAUGAGAUUCCCUGCCGCAGGAUGCGCAGCGGGAGCUACAUCAAAGCCAUGGGUGAUGAGGAGAGUGGUGGCUCUGACUCCAGCCCCAAGACAUCCCCGAAGGCUGCCCGGCCAGAGCCCCUGCUGAGGCCUCUGGGUACACGGCCACUGGAAGACCUGCACACACAGAGCUACCUGGAUGCGACCAGUGACAUGCCCAUGGGCCACAGCCUGGAGCCAUCUGCCAGCUAUAACUCCCCCAAGUUCCGUUCCAGGAACCAGAGCUACAUGCGGGCCGUCAGCACCCUGAGCCAAGCCAGCUGUGUGAGCCAGAUGAGUGAGGCUGAGGUGAACGGGCAGUUCGAGUCAGUCUGUGAAUCGGUCUUCAGCGAGGCUGAGACUCAGGCCAUGGAUGCCCUGGACCUCCCUGGCUGCUUUCGCACCAGGAGCCACAGCUACCUGCGCGCCAUCCAGGCUGGCUACGCCCAGGACGACGAGUGUGUCCCCGUGCUCACACCCUCCGACAUGGCCUCAGGCAUCAGGCCCACCACGGCUGCCUCCUACGCCCAUUACAAGAAGACACCCCCGCCUGUGCCACCACGCACCACCUCCAAGCCACUGAUCUCCGUCACAGCCCAGAGCAGCACUGAGUCCACACAGGAUGCCUACCAGGAUGGCCGUGCCGCUAGACUGCCACCCUGGGCCCAGGAUGGCCGUGGCCUGUAUGGCUCCACAGACAGCCUGGACAGCAGCAAGGCUGUGAGCCUGGCCCUGGAGGCAGCUGCAGCCCAGCGUCAUGCCACCGAGGGCCAGCGCACUGGGGACAAACCCACACCAGCCACCAAGGCUGAGGAGUUCCUCAGGAACCGGCGCUCAUCCAUCGGUGUCCAGGACUCUGAGUUCCCCGAGCCUCAGCCAUCCCCAAGGUCAGAUGUGGAGACGGCUACUGACUCUGACACGGAGAGCCGUGGCCUGCGCGAGUUCCACUCGGUUGGGGUGCAAGUAGAAGAUGAGAAACGGCACGGCCGCUUCAAGCGCUCCAACAGCGUCACAGCAGCAGUGCAGGCCGACCUGGAGCUCGAGGGCUUCCCGGGCCAGGUGCCCACGGAGGACAAGGGGCUGCAGUUCGGUUCAUCCUUCCAACGGCACUCGGAACCCAGCACGCCCACACAGUAUGGAGCGCUGCGUACUGUGCGCACCCAGGGACUCUUCAGCUACCGGGAGGACUAUCGCACGCAGGCAGACGCAGCCGCUAUGCCACCUGCCGACCCCUGGUUGGAGCCCUCGCUGGAGCCUGCAGACAGCGGGCGGAUGUCCCCGUGCAGGCGUGACGGCUCGUGGUUCCUGAAGCUGCUGCACUCGGAGACCACGCGAAUGGAGGGCUGGCGCCAGGAGAUGGAGCGCGAGGCAGAGGACAAGGACCUAGCGGAGGAGAUUCUCGGUAAGAUCCGGAGCGCUGUGGGGAGUGCCCAGCUCCUCAUGUCCCAGAAGUUUCAGCAGUUCUAUUGGUUGUGCCAGCAGAACAUGGACCCCAGCGCCAUGCCGCGGCCCACGUCUCAGGACCUGGCCGGCUACUGGGACAUGCUGCAGUUGUCCAUUGAGGACGUCAGCCUCAAGUUUGACGAGCUGCAGCGGCUCAAACUCAACGACUGGAAGGUGGUGGAGUCGCCCGAGAGAAAGGAAGAGCGGAAGGUGCCCCCGCCUAUACCAAAGAAGCCCCCCAAAGGGAAGCUCCCCAUCACGCGGGAGAAGUCGCUGGACCUGCCCGACCGGCAGCGCCAGGAGGCCCGGCGGCGGCUGCUGGCGGCCAAGCGCGCCGCGUCCUUCCGCCAGAGCUCGGUGGGUGAGCGCGCCGACAGCAUCGAGAUCUACAUCCCCGAGGCACAGACGCGGCUCUGA